AUGAUUGAGAAGGCCUUCGUUCCUCAGGGCGGCGGCUAUUUCAAAGAGCUAGAAGCGAUCGCGAAAUCCUCACAGAAAAAGUACGAGGGUCUUUUCGUUGAUUUCAUAGGAUGGUAUGAGAAUGACGAGUCUGUGUUCAUUGUUAUGGAGUAUAUGGAACAUGGCGAUCUGGAUUCGCAUCUCAAAGGGCCGCUGCCCGAGAAGGAAGCUCGGGAGAUCACGUUGCAGAUAACGGAAGGCCUGAAAUCCCUCCACGAAAAUGGAUUUGCUCACCGAGACCUCAAACCUGCGAAUACCUUCGUCCUUUGCAAAAGCCCUGAUUGGUGGGUCAAAAUCGGUGAUUUUGGCAUCAGCAAACGUGUCCAUGAGAAAAGCGGCCUUCAAUCAUCGGUUGGAUCACCGACUUUCCUUGCCCCUGAAAUGCAGAUGGUUUAUUUAUCUGACAUGAAUGAUCAUGACCCCGUGCUCCGAUAUACAGAGAAAGUUGACAUAUGGGCGCUUGGUGUCAUGGCGUUCUAUAUGGUUUUCCACGAGUAUCCAUUCUCCCCCAGGAGACCCACCUCUCUGCAACAAUAUAUACAGGGAGAAGAUCUACCCUUCCCAAAAGCUCCACGGUCGGAAAUUAGCGAAUCUUGCAAGAGCUUCAUCAAGGCUGCAUUGGCCCCGAACGUGUCAGAAAGAUUAUCAGCGAACCAAGCCACUGAAAAUGAGUGGUUGAGGCGCGCUGACAGUCUAUCUGCGGAAAUGACAGGCUUGAAAAUAGAAGAAGACAAUUUUCCGGGCAAUGCUUCAACGGAGGUAUCACCAAGCGCACUGGGGCCUGUACAAAAACCGACUUUCAAUGACUAUAAGGAUUACACUACGUCUUCUUCACAUGAAGCCAUACGAGCGCACGUACUGUUCAAUAGUUCGGAACCGUCCCAUGGAAAGAAAUCUCCUUCCCCUGCAAGAAAAUCCGAUCGGGUUGAAAGUCUAUUUGACUCCUCGCUUGACGAAGAUCCGAUAGGAAUGCAAUUAAAAGAAUUACAGUCUCUUCAUAGCCUAGGGGUGCAGCAUUUUCGCCAGAACGACUUCAAGAAAGCCGAGUCUAUGCUUCGAGGGGCAGCCCAGGGACGCAAGCAGUUGCGGGGAUUGAAGUACCAGGAGACUCGCAACACAUACCAUUGCCUGGGCGUCCUUUACUACCAUAUGGCCAGGUACUCAGAAGCCAAACAAUUGUUUCAGUGGGUACUGGAAUACCAGGAAAGGCUGUUUGGCCCGAAGGGUAUAUCCACGCUCAAAUCUCGUUACUGGAUUGGAGUCUUGACAGUUCAAGAAGGAUAUGGCAAAGAAGGGAUGUCUAUGUUGCAGCAAGUAAUGCAUCUUCAAAAGGAUAUUCUCGGGCCAAGUCACCCAGAUACUCUUCUUUCACGUUCUGUAAUCGAGCAGCACAAACCUCAAAUAUUGGCAAUGGUGUCGCAAAAUCCCUCCUCUUCCCGGCCUUUGGAGGCGGAAAUGGAAAGGGCCACAAGGUUCAUGCAGCAAUCUAUUUGGAAGAUUGAGCCGUUGCUUCGACGAUCCGCUACCGGUGCGAAGAGAUCUUCGAAGACGCCAUGGAGAGCAACUGGCCUGUAUGGAAGUUAUACACGUCUUGUCAUAGUGAGGUUACCAAUCAGCUCUCCUCAGCCUGUACCGAAUUUGAAGCCAAAUGAUUCAGACUCAUCGAAAAUUGAGACAUAUUACCGCACCAUGGCUGAGCUUGGUCAAAGACUGCAUGGACAGGAAUAUUACAAUGCCGCUCAAGGCCAUCUUGAAGCGGCAGUGAGUGGGCUCCAGAAAACGUUGGGACCAACACAUGCCGAUUCCCUCGAUGCUCUCUAUUGGCUUGGCCGCAAUCGAUAUGAGCUACGCGAGUAUCAAUCUGCCGAACCAAUUUUUAAAGAAUUGCUACACGGGCUCAUUGAGACCCUGGGUAAGAGCGAUAGGAAGACAUUAAAUUCUUUGCAUGCGAUUGGACACGCUCUUUCUAAGCAAGGAAAGUAUCAAGAGGCUGAAUUCGCCUUUCGUUCUGCAUUUAAAGGGCUGGAAAAGAUAAGCAAUGUAUGUGACCAAGGUCUAGUGCACACCCUCUUCCAGAUUGGAUUAAAUCUACACAUGUUAGGCUAUUCCAAACAGGCCGAACCAAUUCUCCAGGACGCUCUGAACAGAAGAAACUAUUUGCUAGGACCGAGAGCUGCAGACACAAUCGAGUGUGUCUUCUGGCUUGGAUGCGUUCUUUUCGAUCUCAAAAAAUACUCCGAAUCUGAAGAAAGUUUUCGUCGAACUCGCACACUUAGGCGAGAAAUCACAGACAUGGCAACGAGUCACUGGCUAGGGCUAGCCAUGUAUUGCCAAGGAAAGUACGAACAGGCCAUACCAUUCCUCCAUCGAGCAUUUUCGUUACAAAACGAUAGACUUGGAAAAAAUGACCUGAAUACGCUGAGAUCCUCCUACUGGCUUGGUUUGGCGUACUAUCACCAAGCUAAGUAUGACGAGGCGGAGCAUCUCCUUUCGGAGGGGAUGACAGGUAUGGAGAUGCUACUCGGGUUAUCAAAUGAAGAUACUCUGGACUGUCUAUGUUGGUAUGCAGAGGUCCUUCAAGAACAGGAGAAAGACGAGUUGGCAGGGUUGGUCCGCCAAGAGUUAGCGCAUGGCCACAUGCUGUUGUUUGGUCUCGAGUCUCCAAGAAGUCUACUGAUGAUUAAGAAAUGGGUCUUCUCACGGGAACCCCAGGAGAAGUACCUUGGAGCAGAUAAAUUUUUCCAAGAAAAAGGGCUCUAA